AUGGACAUCAAGUUUUGCAAGACCAACCUCCUCAUUGAACACAAGGAGUUGGAUGGGAGGUACCAAUUCAAGUUCACACAUCCAUUGGCUGGUCCUUCCAAGCUUCUCCUGCCCAACCCAGAGCUCACCACAGUAGUCAGGGGUGAGAACAUCGAUUUCAGACCCCCUGUGUACACACUAGUUGGGCAUGAGGAUGAGUUGCGAGAAGAGGAGCCUGAACUCGAUCGAGUUGAGGAUCGAGCUGAGGUUCAAGCUGAGGAUCGAGCCCAGGAGAAUGCGGAUUUGGGUGAGCCUGAAUGUUACUAUUUUGAGGAGUAUGAGGCUCCAAGGAUGAACCCCUCUGUUGUGGCUGCUCACAAGAGGAUUGGACUUCUCCAAAAGUUCAACAAAUGGCAAGGGAAGCCAUUGAAAAGAUGCAAAAGUCCAUGGACAAGAUGGUGA